AUUUUCACAUGCUAUUUCUGUUUUUAUUCCUCAGUUAGACACAAGACCUCCAUGCUUGUCGUUACAUUUGUAGACAUUAUAGUGAGGACUCAUAGACUAUUAAGAUUAUAGCUAAAGAUCAACAUGAGCCUCUUCAGCAUCACCUGUCUUGUCUUUAUCUCAGUUUUUUCCGUGUGCGGAUGCAAAAUAGAUGUCCACCAGUCAACAAGGAUGAUGCAAAGGAAAGUCCAACAGUCUGUCUCUGUCCCCUGCUCUUGUAACAUAUCCAGCUGCCCAGGUGAUGGUCUUGACAAUCUAAAAAUCUCUUGGUAUGUGUUCCGCAAAGAUAUGCACUACCAGAUUGAUUUGAAUAACCAACCAACCAAGUACACACUGGAGGGUCACAGUUUAAAAAUCAGCUCUUUGUCGAUUAAAGACUGUGGAGUGUAUUACUGUGCGGCUGCUCUAUCUAAUGAGAUGCACAGCGGGGCGCAGGCAAUUGGGCAAGGAAUUACUCUAAAAGUGACAGAAAGGGGUCUUAAUGUUCGUCAAAUUUUGCUGUUGACAUUGCUUGUUCUACUGAUUAUAUACAGCCUCCUUGUCCUGGGUAUUAUCAUCUGCAUAAAGACAGGACACAUUAAAUCACUUUGUAGAGGAAGAUGGAGAAAGACACAGGACUAUUCAAGGCACGUGGUUUUCAGUGGAGUGGUGCAAGAGCUUUACAAGAGGAACUUAGUUCAUGACAAAAUUCCGGCACGUUGCAAGGUUUCUCAAGAAAAGGCUAAAAGUCCUCAAACCCAGGACAAGAAUGAGGAUAUUUACCAAAAUUUUGAAGAGUGAAAAAAUCUAUUCUUAUCACUGGUCUACAAAGUCAUCCAUCUGAAGAUGAACUAUUACAAGAAACUAUGAAGUUCAGUAAGAGCUAACAAACACUGGAUGCCCUUAACAUUUAAAAAUAAGUUGAAUUGUGAAAAUUGUGACACGUUUUAAUGUGUCUAAUUUGAAGUUGAAUUUCAUGAAAAAGAUUAUAAAAAUGUGUUUAUAUUAAAUAUAAAUAAUUUACUGUCACCAAUAAAACUGUGAUUCACUGUACAUGAUUUAAAUUUAAAUGUGGGAAGAUUUACUUAAAAUGUGUUGUUGACAUUAGUGUCCCUCUGAUUAGAUUUGUGUCACUUUAUUUUUGUGGUUUUGUCUUCUACAAUACAAUUGGUUGAAUAAAUCUGUGUUCAACUCUUUAAUAAUUUGUCUCUUUAAUAAUUUACUCUUU